AUGAGCUCAAACGUCGAAGAAGAACCACCUAAACAAUCCCCACCAAACCUCUUGUCUUUGUUCCCUAAAAUCCAAUUUCAGUUUCCUUUUCUCCCACACCUAUCACCACCUCAAUCUCAAUCUCAACCUCGACAAUCCAACCCUCAGGAUGAGGGUCCUAACCUGAAACGCAACGUUGUACGCUUUCCCAAAACCCAAGCUGCGGUGGUUUCUUCCACGCCUCUGCAGACUGAACUCGAUGCUGACCAUUCUCCGGCCGUCAAGACUACCAAUCCUCUUUUACUCUGGCAGCUAGUAGUCAAAUUAAUGAUGGAAAUUCCUUCGGUGGUCCCUCAAACGUCGAAUUGGAUUCUACCUGAAGCGUAG